CCACGUCACCCACCAUGAACCGAUCGGGAAAACGAGCGCGAGCGGGACGGUGAAAAUGUUGAGACCGGGAUGGUGUUGGAAAGUUUUUGUGUAGAUUAGGUGGCAGUGAAUGUUCACUGAAGGAUAGUGAGGUGAGAGUGGAUUUUCUCCCAUUUCUGUUGGAGCCCGUCUGCCUCGCAUCAUCGAGUUUUCGUUCCUCUCUCAAGCAGAAGAAGAUUUCACGCUCUGCGAGCUCUGUUAUGGACUUUUGUCUUCUGGAUUUGUAGACAUUUCGACAGAAUAAAGAUUUGGGCUUGGUCUUGCUCGUGAAUUUGGAAACUAUGACUUCAUCUGAUCAUGAAUUUAUUGGAUGGGAUGAAAAUAUCAGUUUCCUCUUCAAAGACAUACGAGAUAAAUUAGUUAUGAUAACGAAGCUAAUGAGCAGCAGCAGCAAUCUAACUCAGAGAUGCAGUCUUCAUCUGCAAACGGAAUUUCUGAUUCAGGUAUUGCUACCCAGAAUGUUCAGUAUGCAGUGCCUCCUCCACAGACUGGAACUGGACCUGCUAUGGCACCGGUUUAUCCAUACCCCGAUCCUUACUAUAGGAGCAUCUUUGCUCCAUAUGAGACACAACCUUAUGCCCCACAACCCUAUGGAGCACAGCCAAUGGUUCAUCUUCAGUUAAUGGGGAUUCAACAAGCCGGUGUUCCUCUGCCAACAGAUGCAGUUGAGGAACCUGUAUUUGUCAAUGCAAAACAGUAUCAUGGUAUAUUGAGGCGCAGACAGUCUCGUGCCAAAGCUGAAUCAUUAAAUAAAGUUAUCAGGAAUCGCAAGCCAUAUUUGCAUGAGUCCCGGCAUUUGCAUGCAUUGAGAAGAGCACGAGGAUGUGGAGGUCGGUUUCUUAAUUCAAAGAAAAGCGAGGACGAACAGAAUGAGGUAUCAUCAGCAGAUAAAUCACUGUCCAAUACCAAUCUGAGUCCUGACCAAAAGGAUCUCGCUUCAUCAGAUGGGAUUUCCUGAAACUACAGAAAUGGCGACUUCUUAGAUAGCAGAGGUCUGAUGUAUAUCAGAGACAAAUUUCCAACCAAUACUAGCCUUAGAUGUGGCAUUAUGUGCUUCAGUCUGGUUCUGCGGAACCCCACAGGUUUUGCGUAGUAGGGUUUGUUAGGAAGGUUGCAAAAUGAAGCAGGUAAAAUGUAAAUUGAAGUGCUUUCGACCAUAGUUUUUCUCAGCGUCAUCCUUUCCUUCUAGCCUCGGAAAGAUGAGAUUUUUGUUGUGUGGGCAUUUCUUUGUUUUUGUAACGGGUAAUGUGGAUCCUUAAGAGAUUAUCCGACGUCAUGAGAUUUGGUUGGUUGGAUUGUUUUAUAUUUAGCUUGUUACAGAUAGAGCGAAUGGGUUUUGUCAUGAUUAAGCGAGGGGAGAUUUAACCCAGAGUUGUGUUGCGUAUCGCUAGGUCUGGUGAGGAAAUGUUGGACACCGUAGUUCGCAGUGUAUUUGUAUGUAAUUAUUAAGAUAUAGACCUUCCUGAUAUGACAUUUAGGUCUUAUUUUUGCA